AUGUCCGACCACACUACCGUUCACGUCUCGGGCAUCUCCCCCUCCACUACCGAGAAGGAGGUCCAGGACUUCUUCAGCUUCUGCGGCAAGAUUGUCAGUAUCUCAGUCACACCCACCUCCAGCGAACCCGACGCCUCCAAGUCCGCAACAGUGACAUUCGAAAAGGAUGCCGCCGCCAAAACCGCCCUCCUCCUUGACCAAACCAAGCUAGGCAGCUCAAUCGUCCACGUCGAAGCUGCUCAAAGCAUCGACGACCUCGCAGGCUCGCACAGCGCCACGGCCUCCGAAGCCAAAGACGAGCACAACCACGACCUCGAGCAAGAGGACAAGCCGCGCUCGCGCAUCAUCGCCGAGUACCUCGCACACGGCUACACCAUUAGCGACCAGGCCAUCCAAAAGGCCAUCUCGCUCGACCAGAAGCACGGUUUCUCCGCGCGCUUCACAAACGCCCUGAGCAACUUUGACAAGAAGACCGGUGCGACGGAUCGCGCAAAGGGGCUUGACGAGAGCUACAAGAUCUCCGAUAAGGCGUCGAGUGGCUGGCGCGGACUACACAGUUAUUUUGAAAAGGCCCUGGGCACGCCCUCGGGUCAGAAGCUGCGCGAAUUCUACGCCCAGACCGAUAAGCAGGUGCGCGACAUUCACAGUGAGGCGAGGAGGCUCGCGGACUUGAAGAGUGGUAAGGCGGAGAAGUCGGAGACUGAAAAGACAGAGACGGAGAAGCCCACUGAGGGCGACACUUCUACCUCUGCCGCUGCCGCUGCUGCACCGGCUGGUGCUGUCCCCCCUGGGGCUGAGACUGCUCCUGGUUCUGCUACCUUUGCCGAGAAGGCGAAGUUUGAUUCCUGA